AUGAAUGCAUCUGAGUACAAAGAAAACUCGUCAGCUCAAGGACAGGAGAACUGCAACAUCAGUCAUAGCGUGGUCGAUAUGGUUCUGUCGAGUCUUUACUUCCUCAUCUUUGUCCCGGCACUUCUGCUGAAUGUCACGGUGAUGUGGGUCCUACUGCGGCUCAAGACCAAGACCACCUUCAUGGUGUAUCUGAAGAACCUGGUGGCGGUCGACCUGCUCAUGACCCUGACCGUGCCGGUGAAGGCGGCCAGCGAGUUGCCAGGCGCAGCUCUGGGGCUGCGGGUCUUCACCUGUCGUUUCUCCAGCGUGAUCUUCUAUUACUGCAUGUACAUCAGCAUCAUCCUCAUGGGCAUCAUCAGCCUGGACCGCUUCUUCAAGAUCGUCCGGCCCUGCGGCAGCAUGCCCGGCCAGAGCCUACUCUUUGGCUGGGCAGUCUCCAUCGCCACAUGGGUGGUCCUGCUAGGUGGUAGCGCCCUGCCUACCAUGGUCCUGACCAGCAGGACACCCUUGGACAACUCCCCGAGCUCUGCAUGGAAAUGA